ACUUACCGGUAACUUUAAAUUUAAAAACAAAACAAAACAAAAAUGAUUUCCGAAGAAAAAAGCAAAUUUUAUGGUUGUUAUUUGCUGUAUUGCCUCAAUCCAAAGUACAAAGGGCGAACAUAUAUUGGCUUCACUGUCGAUCCAAACAGAAGAAUCAAGCAACAUAAUGGAGGUGUCCAAAAAGGUGGUGCUUACAGAACGAGCAACAAGGGUCCAUGGGAGAUGGUUUUGACUGUUCAUGGCUUUCCUAAUGAAAUAUCUGCUUUAAGAUUUGAAUGGGCAUGGCAGCACCCAUUUCGAAGCCGGCGACUAAAACGUGUUGUGGCAAACAAAAAAUCAACGGAAAAAAAUUUCGCGUUUUACUUCCGAGUGCUGACGGAGAUGCUCCGCAUAGGACCCUGGAACCGACUGGCGUUAACUAUUCAAUGGUUGAAGGAGGAUUACCAUAUGGAUUUUGACCUCCUGAAACAACCACCAGUUCACAUGGCCAUCAGGUUUGGGCCAAUCACAAGCUGGAAGAAACCCAAAGAUACCAAGGAUGUUGGCUCGGAGAAUGCAUCUGUUCCCAUGUGUAAAAUAUGUGAUAAUUUAAUUGUAAUUCAAGACCACCUCUUGCAAUGUCUCCAUGUCGACUGUGAGAUGACCGCACAUAUUUUCUGUUUAGCAAAAACAUUUCUAUCUAGCCGUGAACAGGACAAAGACUUCUGUUUACCAUUAGAAGGCGACUGCCCAAUCUGUGAACAGAAUUUACUCUGGGGAGAACUGAUACGCUUUCAACAUCAGAUACAAGAUAUAAAACAGCCCCAAAAUGUACUUGAGUAGAGAAAUAAUGAUGCUGUUAAAUGGAUCGAUUUCUGCAAUUGGCAGAUUAAACCAUUGGACAUAAUAGGACAAUGUUAAUAUACAUGUACAGGCUUUAGGUAGAAUUCUUAGAUUUCGAGCAUACUCACAAUAUUUCCCAUGGAAGACGACGAAGAAAUGGCUAA